AUGAAUCCCCGGAAGAAGGUGGAUUUGAAGCUCAUCAUCGUCGGAGCCCUGGGUGUAGGAAAGACCUCCCUCCUCCACCAAUAUGUGCACAAGACCUUUUUUGAGGAUUAUCAGACCACGCUCGGGGCCAGUAUCCUCUCCAAGAUUAUCAUCCUGAAUAACACAACUUUGAAGCUACAGAUCUGGGACACAGGUGGACAGGAGCGAUUCCGCUCCAUGGUGUCCACAUUCUACAAAGGCUCCGAUGGCUGCAUCCUGGCUUUUGAUGUCACUGACCUGGAGUCCUUUGAAGCUCUGAAUACCUGGCGGGGUGAUGUCUUGGCCAAAAUCAUUCCAACGGAGCAGUCCUACCCCAUGGUGGCACUGGGGAACAAGAUUGAUCUGGCAGACCGGCAGGUGCCACAGGAGGUAGCCCAGGACUGGUGUAAAGAGAAGAAUAUUCCCUACUUUGAAGUCAGCGCCAAGAAUGACAUCAACGUGGUACAAGCCUUCGAGAUGCUGGCCAGCCGAGCCCUGUCCAGGUAUCGGAACACAGAGAAUUACCUCACAGACUCCAUCAAGCUCUCGCCCGAGGACCAGACCAGGAGAAGAUGCUGCUGA